ACCCGUUGACGUUUGCGGACUUCCAAUGGAUGCCCCUUCCCCGGUCCGGUCGAUUGUCGAAACUGCAUUGCAAUGUGUUCAUGAUACAACUGCAGGAUUACUUGCACAUUGCCGUACCAACUCCGUUUAUGGACAUUGAAGUAGAGGUAAGCGACCUUCACGACUACAUUGCGAAGAUCGACCGUGAAUUCAAGACACAAUGGUACGACGAUAUCGACGCACCAUUGUUAUAUGUACGCAUUCAGAUCGGAGAGGCGAACUGCUGCGCUUGGAUCGAUUGCGGAGCAUCUUGCAACUACAUGAGCCAGGACUUUACGGUACGUGCCAGGCUUGGCCCACGCGUCCGGAGGAAGUCCAAGUCUACGCAAGUCACGUUGGCAGACGGUCACGCGCACAAGUCAAUCGACCGGUGCAUUGAUGACGUUCUCGUGUACUUUGCCCCGCAUACAAGCGAGGCGGUGUCCUUCGAUAUUUUGGACACCAAAUUCGACAUGAUCUUGGGCAUGUCAUGGCUGCGAAGUGAGGAUCACGUGGUGAACUUCUACCGCCGCACCAUUCACGUUUGUGAUCGGAACGGAGUACUAGUCCCAUGCAUGGUGGCUCCUCCUCACCCUUCGAUCAACUGUCACGUGGUGUCCGCCACAAGCAUGCGAGCUUCCAUCAUCAGAGACGACAUCGAGGAGAUGGGGGUGUGUUUUCUCCACGCCCUCCCGCCCCAUGACGCUUCAUCGACGGACUCAUCUUCAGACCCACGCAUCAUCGAACUUCUCGACGCCUACGGCGACGUGUUCGAAGGCCCGCACGGAGUAGUACCGGAUCGGCCCAUCCGCCACAAGAUCAUCCUUGAGGACGGGGCUCUCAAUGUGCAAACGGUCAGACAUGCCGGACCUCUUCCACGCAUCGACGACCUCCUCGAACGACUGGGCGGCGCCAAGUUCUUCUCCAAGCUUGAACUCAAGUCGGGAUAUCACCAACCUGAGAUUCGGCAGGAGGACCGCUACAAGACCGCGUUUAAGACACGAUAUGGGCAUUUCGAAUGGCUGGUUAUGCCAUUUGGCCUUACGAAUGUCCCGGCCACUUUCCAAGUGGCUAUGACAACGGAGUUCCGACACAUGCUGGAUCGAUUCGUACUUAUCUACCUCGAGGACAUCCUGGUGUACAGCCGGAGUUUGGACGAGCAUGUGGAACACCUGCGCACCGUUUUGGAGCGGCUACGACAAGCCAAGUACAAAGCCAACUGCGACAAAUGCGAAUUCGCGCGGCAAGAGCUGGAGUACUUGGGACAUUAUGUGACGCCGCAAGGCAUCCGUCCGCUUGCGGACAAGAUCGAGGCCCUCCGCGUAUGGCCCGAGCCCACCAACACCACGGACGUCCGUUCAUUCAUGGGGUUGGUGGGCUACUAUCUGCAAUUCAUCAUCGGGUACUCAAGGAUUGUUGCACCUAUGACGAGAUUACAAUCGCGAAAGGUGGCAUUCCUAUUCGAUGACGAUGCACGCCGGUCAUUCCAAGCACUUAAGACGGCCAUGCUCAUGGCACCCGUCCUUAGCAUCUAUGACCCCACCCUGCCUACGAGAGUGACAACUGAYGCUUYCGGYUAUGGCAUUGGGGCAGUCUUGGAACAACACGAYRRCGAYGACUGGCACCCURUGGAGUAUUUCAKCCACRAAGUGMCUCCCAUCAAUUCRCUUGAUGAUGCAAGGAAGAAGGAGCUGCUCGCGUUCGUGAUGGCUCUCAAGCGAUGGCGACACUUCCUCCUUGGGCGUCGUAGGUUCACAUGGGUCACGGACAACAACCCAUUGACCUACUACAAAACGCAGGAUACGGUGAGCAGCACGAUCGGACGAUGGAUGUACUUCAUCGACCAAUUUGACUUCACACCGAAACAUCUCCCCGGCCUCUUCAAUCGCGUAGCAGAUGCACUCUCGCGAAGACCUGAUCUUUGCGCUAUGACACAUCAUGCCUUCGCAUUCGACGAGGAACUCCAGCGACACUUCAUCCGGGACUAUGAGUCUGAUCCGGACUUCGCCACAUUGUAUGCGCAACUAUCUUCGGAUCACCCGCCGGCCAGCCACUAUCACAUUGCCGACGGGUACUUGCUCCUCCACUCGAGAGGCAAGGAGUUACUAUGUGUCCCACGAGACCGUCGUCUUCAGACUCGCCUUCUCGGCGAGUACCAUGACUCGCGACUCACCGGCCAUUUCGGAGUCAACCGUACUAUUGCACAGCUUCGACAAUGAUUCCGAUGACCCGACGUCAUUACCGAUGUCACUCGGUAUUGCGACUCUUGCGAAGUUUGCCGACGAAGCAAGCCCCGC